AUAAGCUUUGGCUUCUUUGGGAUCAGAAGUUUUCCGAAAGCUGAGGUGAAGAUCCAACGGAGUAGUGGAACCUAGAGCAGAAGGUUGGUUCGUUCUUGGAUCUGAUCAAAGUAAUCAGAUAUUAAGAUGGGGAGGGGAAAGAUUGAAAUCAAGAGGAUCGAGAACACGACGAAUCGGCAAGUGACCUUCUGCAAACGAAGAAAUGGGCUGCUGAAGAAAGCAUAUGAACUAUCCAUUCUCUGUGAUGCUGAAGUUGCCCUCAUUGUCUUCUCUACUCGUGGCCGUCUCUACGAGUACUCUAACAACAACAGCAUAAGAAACACCAUAGAGAGGUACAAGAAGGCAUGUUCAGAUAGCACAGGAUCAUCCUCUGUUACUGAAAUUAACGCUCAGUAUUAUCAACAGGAAUCGGCAAAACUGAGGCAACAGAUUCAAAUGCUGCAGAACUCUAACAGGCACUUAAUGGGAGAUGCCUUGAGCACUCUGACUGUGAAAGAACUAAAGCAGGUGGAGAAUAGGCUUGAACGAGGCAUUACUAGAAUCAGGUCCAAGAAGCAUGAACUGCUGCUUGCAGAGAUUGAGUACUUCCAGAAAAAGGAGAUUGAGCUGGAAAACGAAAAUGUUUAUCUUCGAACUAAGGUAUCAGAAGUCGAGAGGCUUCAACAAGCAAACAUGGUUUCUGGGUCAGAGAUGAAUGCAAUCCAGGCAUUAGCUUCUCGCCAUUUCUUUAGCCAGAAUAUGAUCGAGGGUGGAGAAGCUACCUUCCCACAGCAAGACAAGAAGAACCUCCAUCUUGGGUAACUAAUUAGCUUUUUGAAGGCAGAAUCUUCAAAUGCAGGAAAUGCUACCUCAAUCAUCUUAAUUAUAUCCAGAUAAUAAUGAUGAUAUAUCUUCUCUUAUGCUGAACAACUUUUCUAAUUACUAGCUUUAUUAUGUAUUUGUAAGGAUUGUAAUAUGACUUUGGGGUUUAGUACCCAGUACUACCCAGAAUAAUUACUACUACACUAUGAUCUGGUA